AUGUGGGUUGUAGAAUGUAACAACAACAAUGGCCAAGACCCGAAUAUUUCGACCCGUACCCGAAUACAUGACCCGAACCCAUUUCAAGCUCCUUGUUUUUACACUCACAACAUUAAUCUCCCCACAUGGAACAAAACCCUAACUCUAGAUGAUUAUAUAGGUAAAAGAGAGAUGACAAGCAAUAACAUGGCGCCAUUAGUGAGCUCGAGAUGGAACCCGACUAGCGAGCAAGUGCAAGCCUUAGAAGAAAUGUAUCGACAAGGGAUUAAAACGCCUUCGGCCCAACAAAUACAACAAAUAACCGCAAAACUUAAAAAGUUUGGAAAAAUCGAAGGCAAAAACGUGUUCUAUUGGUUUCAAAAUCAUAAGGCUAGAGAAAGGCAGAAAAAGCGCCGGCUGCUGGCGGCUAAAGACAAAAUGCGCGGUUUAGAGAUGAGGCCGGAAAAUAAACAAUCGGGUAAAUUUUAUUUUUUAUUUUUGAAUUAA